AAACCGCUCCGACCAACAAUGGCGGAUAAUUCCUGAGAAAGCGAGUUUGGGAGGAUGAUUUUGAGUCCGCCAGGGAGAAGAAACAGAAAAUGAUGUUAAUCAAGGAAAAGGAAAUGGCGAAUAAUCUGAGGAAGCGAGCUUGCGAUGAUGAUUUUGAGUCCGUCGGGUUUGUAUUCUAUUUGUUAUUUUAGGGAGAAGAAACGGAAAACGACGUUAAUUAAGGAAAGGACAGUUGAUGAUGAGAGAGAUACUAUAUUCAGGCAGAGCUCUGCCAAGGGAGUUUCAAAGAGCACGGAAAAGACUGAAGCUCCCAAGUUUCAAGAACUUUUUGAGGGGUUCUCCAUACAAGCCGGCCAUGAGCAAGUGUCACGAAUUACACGACUGGUUUCUGCUAUUGGUUCACGAUACAUUGCAACAGUCACAUCUUAUCCUUUGUGGACAUGUGGUGGUACUUCUACUUCUUAUCAUGCGGGGCCACAUGGUACUCGGAAACGUGCACGUAAUUCCACUUCUUAUCCUGUGAGUACAUCGAGGAUAGCUGGUUCUCAGAAGCGCGCUCGUGCUUCCACUUAUCCUGGGGAAAAAUCUGCUCUUGCUUUGAGGCAAAGAAAGAAUUGGAAUUUCAAUGCAGCCCCCGACUCAGCUUUGUCCUUCAGGAUUCACUCCAUUCUGAAAAGAGGUGCCCGAGCUGUGGGCCACAACCCUUCAUACAGGCAAGUGGAACGCUUUUGUAGGUUGCUGAGUGCAGAGUUGAUGCAACAACUGCAUUAUUAUAUGCCAAAUUUGAACUAUAAGUUUGGUCCAUAUAAUGAAGACUUCAAAAGAGAGAAGGACAAGAAGAGUUGGUGUUACUCGUACCGGAAACAUGGAGGUCCUACUGGUAUGUCACCUCGUGAGUAUUUCUCUGUGGCUAUCCAAGUAUUCAGAGAAAGAGUGUCCACCGUAAUACAAUUAGCAGGGAUGGGUCUCACCUUGGGAGACCCAUUGGAUCUGUCGCCGCUGGUCUGA